UUCACCCGUAGCUUGACCAACUCAAAACUCGUUCCUCCAUUCAAAAUCGAGAAAGCAAAAAAAAAAAAAGUCCAAACUUUUUUUUAUCUGUUACACACCCCCCCUCUCAUUGAUUUUGUUAGCGCACUGAUUUGUUUUUGUUCAAAAAAAAAAAAAAGUCAAAACAAACCAAACAAAUUUGUUUUACCAAUCCCCCCCUGAUUUUUGCCAAUUGCCAAUUUGUUUUUGAAAAAUUUUUUGAAUGCGCUUGACACACGUACCGAAAUCGAACCGUUUCAUGUGCUAAACAACAAUCUCGGCUAAAAAGAAGAGACCACCUUGAAAAAAAAACAAAAAACAAAAGACAAAACAAAACAAAAAAUGAUCGUGUGGAGUUUGGGACGGCUGGCCACCUGGAUGCUACACCUGAUCAUCGACACGUCGUGCAGCGAGUCGCUGUGGACGACGCUGUUGUUCGUCGUCGUCGCCUGGUUGGCCUCGUACCUGUGGAGGUGGUGGCGGACGUCGCGCAAUUUGCCACCCGGCCCGUACGGCUACCCGAUCGUCGGUUACCUGAUGCGCAUCAAACGCGAGUUCCACGAAGAGCUGACGGCGCUCAGCCGCAAGUUCGGCAGCGUCUUCAGCGUCCGACUCGGAUCCGAGUUGAUCGUCGUCCUCAGCGAUCACAAGAUCAUCCGCGAGGCCUUCCGCCGCGAAGAGUUCGCCUGCCGGCCCGACAACGACUUCAUGAAGCUCUUGGAUGGAUAUGGUAUCAUCAACACGGAAGGCAAAAUGUGGAAGGAGCAACGCCGCUUCUUGCACGAACGUCUGCGCCAUUUUGGCAUGAAGCACAUGGGCGACGGCCGUGAGAAAAUGGAGAACCGAAUUAUGAUCGAAGUGUAUCAAAUGAUCACCGAGCUGGCCGACAAGAAAUCAGCGCCCGUCGAGUUGGGAUCGUACCUGUCGUCGGCCGUCUCCAACGUCAUCUGUUCGCUGCUCAUGUCCGUCCGUUUCCGCCACGACGACCCCAAGUUCAUUCGAUUCACCAACCUCAUUGACGACGGUUUCAAACUGUUCACCGUCACGGCCGCCGCUGGUUUCAUCCCCAUUCUCAAAUUGCUGCCAGCGUUCAAUUACGCAUUCAACAAAAUCCGCCAGAAUUUCGGCGAAAUCAGCAACUUCUAUCAGGAGAUCGUCGAUGACCACAAGCGAUCGUUCGACGCCAACAACAUCCGCGACAUCAUCGACGGCUACAUCCUGGAGAUCCAGAACGCCAAAGAGGAGGGACGCAGCGAGCAGCUGUUCAACGGCAAGAACGGCGACCGCCAGAUGCAGCAAAUCAUCGGCGACAUGUUCAGCGCUGGAACGGAGACGGUCAAGACGACGCUCCAAUGGGCCACCGUCUUCGCCUUGAGGGAGCCGCACAUGCAGGCGCGCGUCCAGGAAGAGCUCGAUCGCGUCGUCACUCGCUUCCGGAUGCCCAUGCUGGACGACCUGCCCAACUUGCCCUACACCGAGGCCUUCAUGCUGGAAGUGAUGCGCCGAGCUACUGCCGUCCCCCUCGGCACCACCCAUUCAACGUCCAGAACGACAACGUUGAACGGGUUCACCAUACCGAAAGGCACCCAGGUGAUCCCGCUGAUUCACGCCGUUCACAUGAACCCUGCCUUGUGGAAGGAUCCGGAAGUGUUCAAUCCGGAGCGGUUCCUCAGCGCCGACGGCACCAAAGUCGUCAAACCCGACUACUUCAUUCCGUUCGGCGUGGGGCGGCGGGUGUGCCUGGGCGACGUCCUGGCCAAAGCCGAGCUCUUCCUCUUCUUCUCCAGCCUGUUGCACACGUUCACGUUGACCGUACCGCAAGGGGCCAGCGUUCCAGACCUCAGAGGACAAGCGGGCGUCACCGUUUCUCCGCAAACGUUCCAGGUGUGUGCAAAAGCUCGAUACGUCGAGAACGUAGUCGAAGGUGAAACGCAAUCGAGUCGAGAGCCUUUCAACGUUUUCCCGUGUCUUCCAUAUUUGAGCUGUCCAGUGCAGUGAUUCGGUUUUUUUGUUUAGUUUGUUUUUUUUUUUGAAAAAACUUAUAUAAUUAUAAAGAAGAUAAAGACGUUUGAGUGAUGGCGAUCAACAGAGCUCAAAUCUCGAAUUUUUUUGAAUUCUUUUCUCUUGUACAUAAAAUUGUGUGAAAUGUUUUUUUUUUUUGAUAAAUGCGAUGUGAAAAUUGUGUUUUUUUUUUUUAAACUUAAAAAAAGGAAAAAAUGCUAUUCGCUGUGAUUGUGUGUUUUUUUGUUUUUUGUGUUCGACAGACGCAAGAUUUUGAUUUUGGCCAACUGAAAAAAAUCAUUUCGAACGAAGAGAAAAAAAAAAGACCCGCCAUUAUUCAAAACAAAAAAAAAAAUUCAAUUUCCAGUUGUACAUAUAAAACGUCACAUUUAUAUAUGAUCGGAUCUCUUGUACUUCUUUUGUAUCAUUCUCCUCAUCCGAUUUUUUUUUUUUCUAAAUUAACAAAAAAAAAAAAAAAAAAAAAAAUCCACCUCCCCCUCCCCCAGUCCGCAGAGAGAAUUUGUUUUUUUUUUCAACGACGAUCUCUACCUCUUUCACCGGUCACCGUCGUCGUCUCUUUUUGUGUGUGUCUGCUCUGUCUCUCUCUUUUCACAUGCGCCACGUCAGUGCUCCCCUUUGCGAAUUCAUUUGAAAAAAAAAGAAAAAACAGAAAGAAAGAAAAUGUUGUUGUUGUUGUUGUUGGCUGUACAUAUUAUAAGGAACCACACAAUUA